CCAUAAAAAUAAAAAUAAGACCCACUAUGCCUGGACGCGGAUAAGUGACAUUUUAAAUAUUCCUGUGGGUGAAUUUAAAAAAAAAAGGACUCACUUAUGUCCAGUUAUAGAACCUAUAGAAAGAAAGUUAAGGAUUCCACUCAUAGUGGGGCAAGCUCAAGUGAAAUAUAUAAACCCAUUAAACAUUUUUUAUUUGUGUCUUAUUUUAAAUACAUAGGUAAUUACGAUAUAGCACAGAGCGUCACCGCAGCAACAAUCACGUCGUCAUCCAUUGAGGCCGCGAACGAGACUGCGAGGUUUCGCGAGUGUGGAGAGACACAUAUAAACGCGAAGUGCACGGCGCGAAUCGCGGCGUGAAUUCACAGCAAGAAUCGCGCGCGAGUGUAGAGCGCGCUAUAGUACUUUGAAGGGCCGGCUCCAAAUAGUCGUCGAUACUUGCUCGAUAAGUGUAGUUUACCGCGAUGAGUUCGGAAGCUACGGAGAGGCUGGACCUAGUAGUGCUUGGUGCUACAGGAUUUACAGGAAAACAUGCUGUUAAGAAUUUGGUGAAAAUAUUAAAAGUGAACAAUUACAACUUCAGCUGGGGGAUUUCAGGACGGUCGAAGGAGAAAAUUCAAAGAUUGCUGACCGAACUGGGUGAAGAAAAAACUAAAAUCAUAGUAACAGAAUGUGACAUCAAAAAGGACGAUAUCAGGAACGUGACAAGAAAGGCUAAGGUUCUUAUCAACUGUACUGGACCCAACACGAUUCUCAGUGAACCUAUAGUGAAUGCGUGUAUAGACACUAAAACGCACUAUGUCGAUAUAUCUGCCGAAUUGUAUCACAUUCUUAACUUAUACCGAACUUUCAAUAAGCGCGCAGAAGAAGCAAACAUCUUGGUGAUUCCAGCUUGCGGUUUUGCAGUCAUUCCUGUCAUGACGGGUUUGAUGUAUUUGGAACAACAUUUUAAAGGGUCAUUGAAUGCAGUGGAAUGUUAUGCCGAACUAAUGAUACCAAAGAGGGCCUACAUCCCUGGCCCAAACAAAUGUCUACUCCACUAUGGGACUUGGGGGUCCCUAGUUUACGAAAUGCAGAAUAUGAAAGAGUACCGAAGACUAAAAGCCGAAAUAUUCCCACAGAACAUUUAUGACUCAGAUCUCCCAGAGAUAGAAAGAUCGUUUUUCCACAAAACCAAAGGGAAGUUAUGGUACCCAUACCCUGGCCCCGAUGAGUAUGCUGUAGAAAUGUCUCAAAGAUACCUUCAUGAGAAAAAGGGCAAGAAAGUGUUCCGUUGCAAAGUCUACACGACCAUGCCGACCUGGUUUCAUCUCAUUAUAAUGAUACCAGCUAUGUAUCUUUACUACUACUUCUGCUACUUAAAGUGCUUCAGGAACUUAUUAUGGAAGUACCCACGUUUCUUCACCCUAGGCUAUGUGUCACAUAAAGGUCCAGCCGAAGAAAUGGUUAAGGAUAUAAAAUUCGCAUUCACGUUCAAUGGAAGUGGGACUGAUGAACAUGAACAGAAAAAAUCUUUGUCAGUCAAAAUUACCGGGUGUGACCCAGCAUAUCAAACUACAUCUAUGACGUUGCUUGUAGCAGCUUUAACGAUUUUGACGGAGAGCUCGAAGAUGCCGAAAGGAGGAGUCUUACCAGUUGGCGCAGCUUUUCAAGACACUCAAAUUAUUGACAAUAUUAUGAGAAAUAAAGCACUUACUUAUGAAAUUAUAGACAGUUAGGAUUAAAAAGGAAUUCGGUUUUUUUAUUUUUAGUUAAUACUUUAUAAACAUAUGUUAUUAUUUAAAUAUAAUGCAUACUUAAUGGUUUAUCUUGUAACUUGUAAUAUAAUUUAAAUUUAACUGCUUAAGUACUUAUUUAAAUCUUGGUAUUUAAUAGUUGAAUACAUGGUGUUUCGAUACCUUA